ACCUGCUGCUGCCUGCCUCUCUGUCUGUCUCUGUGUGUGUCCCAAUAAGACAAUAAGUCCAUAAUGUGAGGUUUUGGUGAGCCCGCCAUGCUCGCCUGGGACGGACACGACGCUUUGUUACAAGAUGAGCAGCGGCACUAAGAAAGAGAGGGAGCAGAGGAGGAAACUGCAGCAUUUCCUCAGUGACCUGGCCUUACUGGGUUCAUUACAGGGCUUUAAAUACUUCCAGCCGUGGCUGAGAGGGAAAGAGGAGCUGCUGCUGACGGUCGUUAACGAGGAUCUGGGUUGGCGUUCCCCAGGGUUCGUGGUCUCCAGAGCCUCCUCUUUCUCCUCCACCAGCAGCUGUAACAGCAGCGAUGUGUCCCCCAGCAGCAGCUCCCCCAGCCUGGACAGCCGGAGCAGCUCCCCCCUGCCCGGGGAGCCCCGGGGCCCCCGGGGGCCUCCAACACACACACACACCAAGACACCGCAGCCUCAGACUGUCAGGGAGCCCGGCAGCGAGGAGCACCUCCUCCCCGCCUCCCCCAGCGAGAGGGAGAUAGCCGUUCCAGAGGUGAACUGCACUCUGUUCCUGCUGGCCGGCUACGUCAGGUACGGCCGGCCCUACGCCUGGAUACGCUCCAAUCACGAGCGCCUGGUCAACAUCGGCGGCACCGACUCGAUGGUGAAAGACACGCCCAUGAAGCUCAAGUCUAUUGCAGACUGGCAGACUCGAGGUGUGCGUGUGUGGGACGUCAUCAGUGAGCUGGUGUGUCUCUGCACCGUCCCGUCCCCCUCCAACCCGUUCGCCCUGGACAUGCGUUACAUCAAAAGCCUUCCCCUCCCCGACCGCUUCCUCGUCACCGGCGCUCUCCUCAACUUCCUGGAGACGUACGUUGUUUAUGGCAACCGGGACGAGCUGCACUACGAUAAAGUGGUGGAGGAGGUGAAGCCUCUGAGGCGUCUCCAUGUCCAGUCCCUGCUGGAGCUACAGAGACACAGAGAGACUACGGGGACGUCCAGCUGUCCCACAGUGAGGGACUCUUCUGGAGAGGAGUGACUCCAAAAAUGGACUAAAAAAAACAAAAACAGAAAAUAGGUUCAAAUGUGUGAAAUCUUACCCGAAAAAAGGACUUUAUGUAGCAGAUUUUGUGUGUGUUGUGGUGUGUUUUGUCUGAAAGUAAAAGAAGUUAACCUGCAAAAUGUCCGUUUGUAUUGUUUAUUUAUCUGUAUUUGUGCUGAUUCAGCUCAAACUGGACUGUGAAGCCUUGAGACAAACAGGUCUGAAGACGUCUUAAACAUGUUAAAGUCAGCCUUCACGCUCAAAAUUAUUAUUUCUAUUUCACUUACGUAUCAUGUGGUACUCUGAAUUCCUGAAGAACAGCUCUGUUUUUCUCAUAGGCCUCCAUGGUAAACAAAUAAUACAUUUUUUCUAUGUAUUGGUCAGGUUUAUCGUAGAAAGAAUCUGUAAAAACACUGAAAUCACUGAAAUUUGAACUUUUGAACAGGCCUUGAAAGGAUCGUUUUGAAAGUUUCCGUUAAAUAUUUACUGAAAAUCAGACAGAACUGCAGGCUGUUUGCACAGAGCAGAGAGGAGAGGACAAGUCAUGCAAAAAUAAAAUCUCUAUGUAUUGAAAUGGGGGUCAUGUUUAAUGACCAAAAAAAAAGACACAAAAUGACU